AUGAAAAAGUUCUUCAAAAGAAAGUCAGUAUGUGAGUCAUUAAGUCAACCCUGUGAGGUGCCUGAAUCUGUUUCCAACUUGAAAAAGGCAUGUGUGGGCAUCGAUAGUGCAAAUCUACCUUCUAAUCCUGAACUUAGGCCUUCAAUUUGGAGUUACGAUGUUAACUAUAGAGAUGAAUAUCGAAGAGUAAACUUACAACGAGGUCCUGCUCAGCCUCGCAAUCUUAAUUUCCCAUAUACAUUAUUUGGGAUGGACAAACGAAGGUUCAAUCCUGAUUUGUUUGAUAAACAUCCUACUUGGCUGGAGUAUGGCAUUGAAAAAGAUGUCGUCUAUUGCUUAUAUUGCUAUCUUUUUAAGCCAGAAUCUACUAAAGGUGGUGGUGAUUCAUUUGUUGGUUUAGGCUUGAAUAAUUGGAAGAAGAAAGAGAAUAUAUUGAAUCAUGAAGGGAAGCAUAACAACAUUCACAAUGAAUCAAGACAAAAAUAUGAAGAUUUAAUGAAGCAGAAGCAGAGUAUUUCUUACAUGUUUGAUAGUAAGACAACUAAAGAUAAGAUGGAGUAUCGAACCUUAUUGACUGUGGCUGUUGAUUGCGUUCGAUUUCUUUUAUGGCAAGGUCUACCCUUUCGUGGUCAUGAUAAGUCAGAUCAAUCUCAUAAUCAAGGAAAUUAUUUGGGUCUUUUUCACUUCCUUGCUGAACGCAAUGAGGAUGUUAGAAAUGUGUCAUUUUCUAAUGCUUUCGAAAACCUACAAUUGACUUCACCAUUAGUCCAAAAUGAUAUUUGUCGAGCUACUGCAAUGGAGACUAUAAAUGCUAUUAUUAAUGAUCUUGGUAAUUCUUGUUUUCCAUUCUUAUUGAUGAGUCUCGUGAUGUUGCAACAAAGGAACAAAUGA